GGCUCGGAGCUGCUCCCCCAGAGAUGACUUUAGUCUCUUUUUCAGAAGUCGGAGGGUUUUCACACAUGAGCAGAAGGAAGUGAAGAUCAGACGAGAGAAGACUUCCUGUCAGCAGAAGUGGAGGUGAAGAAGGGCUCCUUGGCGUGUGACAUCACUCCUACUUAGUUGACUUGCAGCUCGAGGCAAGGUUUAGGGUUUGGGGAACAAGUCCAGGAAGCUGCGCCGACUGAUAAGGCCGAAGAAGAAGAAGAAGAAGAAAAAAAACCCUAUGUAGCUUGAAAUAAGGCAAUGCUUAGACGCUUAGUUGAGGAUUAGAAACACGACUUGACUUUGACCUGCGGCGGUUUGCGUUGUGUGGCCGCACACGCCCUAACCCGUGGACAUGGCAGCGCUCGGCGGUCUGAAGACCUGGGCGCUCUGGGCUGCCAUCGCCUGUUUGCUCAUGGGUGGAGGUGAAGCUCAGGCCAACACAACUGUGCCACCUCCAGAUUAUCAGCCGUGUUCGUACAACGUCACAACGAUCAUGUCAGGCUUCCAGAUUAACGCAGAACCAUUUGACAACGGCACCUACACAAUUACCAUCAAGGAAAACGUCAACGGAUCUCCUGAAAAGACAGAAACAUUGUCCAGUCCAACUUAUAACGUCACAAAUCUGAAGCCCUGCACUGAGUACAUGCUUAAUGUCAUGAUUACAAACGGUACAGAAAAGGUCUGCAGCAGUACAGAUCAACUCGCCAAGACGGACCCAGCUCAGACAGAGGAUAUCUUAGACCUUCCUCCUACAACCAAACUUGGAUAUGUCUGCUACCAAAGUCAGUGGGACCUCUCCGCUUCAGAACCGUCACUCAGGCCUCAAUCAAAUCCAACCUUUCCCCAAACUGGACCGUUCUGUGUUCAAAUUCCUGACAAGGACUUCUGCUCAGAAAAGACAAUAAAAAUCACUCAAGAAACUUGUGUGAAUGCCUCCAUUACCUUGGCCAGAAAUAUAACUGUCGAUUUCAUAGAUGGAACUAAGAUAAUUCAGUCUAAAAAUUCCAUACAACUGCAUACAGAGAUAACGCCAACGCUUCCUUCAAAUUGUAAAAAUCUCACUGUUGAAUACACCUGUUCAGAAACCGAUGAGUUUUAUACCGCCUCCAGACCCCUGUCCGAUCUGAAUCCCUUCACAAACUACGGCUGUACCGGUCGGCUGAAGAACAACAAUAUGUUCAUCCAUAAGACAACUCAACCUGUCUUGAUCGACGCCAGAUGUGAUCUCCAAAUCUAUCCAAGCCUGGAUGAAAUUACAAAUACGACCGCUGAGCUGAGAUGGACCUCGUCCAGUAAAUGUAACCCGUCAAUGAUUGGAAAUCUGUCUUAUAGGUGCAGUUGUAAAGGAGGAGACACAAAGAUUGUGGAGCCUGCCCGUUUGCAUCCCGAAGGAGGAAUGUGUCGUGUUACGAAACUUCCACCAUUCGAAGAAUUCACCUGUACAGUCGAGCCCACCUUUGAUGGCAAUGUUAUUCCCAAAUACACUGUUUCCAUAACAGGAAAAACAAAGCCAGGAAAACCAGAUACUUUUUACACCGUGACCGCGUCACUACCUGACAAUAACGUGAUUGAAGUAAUGAUCAGCUACUCCAAAUCCCAGUUUAAGGGUCCCAAGCCACAUUUCGAAAUACAACUUCUAAUUGCAGACAGUGUUAUCAAGGAAAUUAAGACAGAAACAGAAAAAGAAGUGAAACAUACAUUCGAUCAUCUGAGCUACUCAACAGAUUACAUUGUGAAGGUGUCUGCUUGCAAUAAAGUCCUCUGUAGCGACCCUGUGAAACACAAAGUUACGACUCGCUACUUUGGCAAAGCUCUCAUUAGGUUUCUGAUCUUCCUCAUCAUCCUCACGUCCAUUGCUCUUCUUCUGGUCCUCUACAAGAUCUACAAGCGCAGAAAGUCCCAGUAAGGAUGCUUCUUAGUUUUAUUUCUGAUUUUUACUAAAUCAAACUAAGAAGCUGCAGAGGGGGUGUUUCUACUUAUUUGGCGAUGCAUCGUCAUAUAAACAAGGACAUUGUCUUUCUUUUGCAUUUCCCCUUGGUUUUAUUCAUUGUUUUAGUUUUUUUUUUUUAUUUUACUUUUGUUUAAAUACACGUUGAAACCAUGUUCUGUGCAGACACUACUGCUGCCUGUGAAGUCUGAGCAGUUGAUUAUAUGUGAAUUUGAACAGAAGAAGUGAACCAUAGUUAUUGGUCCAAACCCCUAAAUCCACACAACAGUGGUGAAAUCCAACGACUUUAUCUGUGAAUAUUAGAAAAAAAAGGGGGCUACUUCUUUGCUGGGACCCGGUUCUGGUGCAGGAAUGUACCUGUGGGAUUUAACGAGUCUUUUCCAGGCUGAUUUACUUAGAUAAAGACAUUUCUCCUCCUCUCUACUUGUUCUCAUUUGUUGUGGUCCAGAUUUAAGGAGUGAGCUGUAAGUAAAGGAAGUAGUUAAUUCAUGUGGCAAUUUUUCAAGUUUAUUCACCCUGAAGAAGGAAUCUCCUCUCCUCUCUCUUUUUGUGUUUCAUCCAGUACUGAAGUUAUGGUUUGUUGUGCAAAUUAUAAAUACACCUGGAGGUAUUGGUUGAUUUUUAUGCUGUAGAAAAAACUUAUUUGACCUAAGGGAAUAAAUAUA